UCCCCAUUGGCCGCCAGGGCUGUGCCCGUCGGCGCCAUGAGACCCCCCCUGGGCCUGCUGCUGCUGAUGGGAUUGGCUGCUGCAGAGGGAGAUUGCAGCUCCUGCCUGCCGGGCCCUGGACCAAUCGCAGCGCUCGUGGCCGCUGACGUCAUCAUGACGCUGCUCAUCGCGGGCGGGGCCUACUGCCUGGGGGGGCGGGGCCGGAGAGGUGAGGCCAAGCCCCGCCCCCCGGAGGUGGAGCCGACCUAUCAGGAGCUGCAGGGACCACGUGGGGACGUGUACAGCGAGCUCAAGAGAUAGCCCCGCCCCCUGCCCCGCC